UGCGACGGAGAGCGCGACUGCGCCGACGGCUCCGACGAGGACGCCUGCGGCACCCUGUCCCCCUGUGAGCCCAACGAGUUCAAAUGUGACAAUGGGCACUGCGCCCUCAAGCUCUGGCGCUGCGACGGCGAGAACGACUGCGGAGACGGCUCCGACGAGAGUGACUGCCCCACCAAGGCACCCGGUGCGGCGUGCGGACCGGCGGAAUUCCGGUGCGUGUCCAGCGGGAGCUGCAUCCGAGCCAGCUACCAGUGUGACAGGGAGCCCGACUGUCCUGACCGCAGCGAUGAGGUUGGAUGUGUGCCCCCACAGGUGGUGACGCUGCCACGGGAGUCCGUGAGAGCGGUGCCAGGCCAGACCGUCACCUUCACCUGUGUGGCCACCGGUGUCCCCACCCCCAUCAUCACCUGGCGCCUGAACUGGGGACACACCCCCAGCAGCCACAGGGUGUCGAUCGUGAGUGAGGCUGGACAGGGCACCCUGACUAUCCGGGAUGUGAAAGAAGCCGACCAAGGCGCCUACACCUGUGAGGCCAUCAACACCCUGGGCAUGGUGUUUGGCAUACCUGACAGCAUCCUCACCGUCACCCGCCCUGGGCCAUGUCCCGAGGGCCACUUCCAGGUGACAGGGACAUCCCGCUGCCUGCCCUGCUUCUGCUUUGGUGUCACCACCUCCUGCCGUGCCACCACCCGGCACCGCCACCGCCUCCACCUGCGCUUCAACCACCCUGACAACUUCAAGGGUGUCAAUGUGACGGUGCCAGCAGCGCCAUCCGCACCGGUGCUCUCGGCCACCCAGCUCCACGUGGAUGUGGGGACUGAGGAAUUCCAGCUCCUGGACCUGUCCCGUCGCUUCCUGGCUCUUGAUGCCUUCUGGGCACUGCCAGAGCCCUUCCUUGGGGACAAGGUGGAUGCCUACGGGGGAGCACUGAGCUACGGAGUGCGGUACCGGCUGGGCCGGGGGCCCCCUGAGCCCACCGCCCACCCUGACCUGCUCUUGCGGGGCCACGGGCGGCAGCUGCGGGCACGUGCUGGUGACACCCAGCCAGAUGUUCUCAACCGGCGGCACGUGCCCCUCACCGAGGACCACUGGGAGGACGAGCAGGGUGCUCUGGUGAGCCGGGAGCUGUUGCUGCUGGUGCUGCAGGGGCUGGAUGGCAUCUUCAUCCGGGCGGUGUACGACGGGCGCAUGGCCAGCGUGGGGCUCAGCGACGUGGCCAUGGACGUCACCAGCAGCGUGGACACCGGCCUGGGGCCGGCUGGCGACAUCGAGGAGUGCAGGUGCCCCGUGGGUUACACGGGGCUGUCGUGCCAGCGCUGUGCCCCCCGUUUCGAGCGGGUGACAAGGGGACCCUACCUGGGGACCUGCUCUGGCUGUGGCUGCCACGGCCACUCCAGCACCUGUGACCCCGUUUUUGGGCACUGCUUGAACUGCCAGCACAACACGGAGGGUCCCCAGUGCGAGAAGUGCAAGCCUGGCUUCUUCGGCGAUGCCACCAAGGGCACAGCCACCGCCUGUCACCCCUGUCCCUGUCCCUACACUGAGCCGUCUCGCAGGUUCUCAGAGUCGUGCUUUUUGGACACAGAUGGCCAGGCCACCUGCGACGCCUGCGCUCCCGGAUACGCCGGCCGCCGCUGCGAGAGGUGUGCCCCAGGCUACGAGGGAGACCCCAUCCAGCCGGGUGGCAAGUGCACCCCAAUUGGCCAGGAGCUCGUCAAGUGUGAUGCCCGUGGGGGCCAGGACGAGGCAGGUGGCACUUGUCGCUGCAAGCCCAACGUCCGUGGCCGGCUCUGUGACUCCUGUGCCGCUGGCACCUUCCACCUGAGCGCUGCCAACCCCGCGGGCUGCCUGCCCUGCUUCUGCAUGGGGCUGUCCCGCUCCUGCGCCAGCUCCGCCUGGCACCGCCACCAGGUGUUGCUCAGCUCUGAGGACUCGGCGCCGCUGCCCCUGGCCAACGCGUCAGGCUCACGGCUGGUGGGGGCCGUGCCACACUUCGUGUCCCCACGGGAGCUGUACUUCGAUGCCUUCCAAAAGCUGCCACGAGGCGUUCACUACUGGGUGCUGCCUGCACCCUUCGCUGGGGACAAGGUGACAGCAUAUGGGGGGGAGCUGCGGUACACAGUGACACACCGGGCCCCGGCUGGCACUCCCCUGCCCUCCUGGCACCCUGACGUCCUGCUCCAGGGCAAUGGGAUCCUCCUGGAGCACUUCUCCAGUGCCACCUUUCCAGCUGGUGUCCCCACCACUGUCACUGUGCCUAUCCGUGAGGGAGCCUGGCGCCGCACGGAUGGGCACGAUGCCACCCGCGAGCACCUCCUGAUGGCCCUGGCCGACGUGGACCUGUUCAUGAUCCGCGCGUCCUACUCGGAGCAGCCAGAGGAGAGCAGACUGGCUGAUGUCACCCUGGACGUGGCAGUGCCACACGCUACCGGCCGCCCGCCUGCGCUGGAGGUGGAGGAUUGUGCCUGCCCCCCUGGGUACCGCGGGGCCUCCUGCCAGGACUGUGACACUGGCUACACCCGCAGCACCGCCGGGCUCUACCUGGGCACCUGUGAGCCGUGCCAGUGCCACGGCCAUGCCAGCGAGUGCCACCCUGACACCGGCGUCUGCCAGGGCUGCCGGGAUCACACGGAGGGUCCCCAGUGUGACAAGUGCCAAGCUGGCUACUAUGGCGAUGCCACCCGGGGCACCCCGGGUGACUGCCAGCCCUGUCCCUGCCAUGGACCCCAUGGGGACACCCAAGUGACAGCAAUCUGCUUUGAGGACACUGAUGGGCAGCCUACCUGCAGUGCCUGCGCCCCAGGGCACAGUGGCCGCCUCUGCGAGAGGUGCUCGCCCGGGUACGUGGGGGACCCGCCGCGGGGGGAGCCGUGCCGAGUGCCUGGUGUCCCCGGUGUGCCGUGCCAGUGUGACCCACGUGGCAGCACCAGCGAGGGCUGCGAUGCCAACGGGCAGUGUUACUGCAAGGCUAACGUGGAAGGUCCCCGUUGUGCCACGUGCCGUCCCCACCACUUCCACCUGAGCGGGGAUGAGCCGGCCGGGUGCCUGCCCUGCUUCUGCAUGGGCAUCGUUCAGCACUGCACCAGCACUGCCUACGCCCGUGGCACCAUCCGGACGUCCUUUGCCUCGGGGGAUGCCCAGGGGUUCUCCCUGGUGAACCGCCAGCGCAGCACCCACGUGAGCAGCGGCUUUGGGGUGCAGCUGGGGCACCCCCAGCCUCACCUGACCUACGAGCGCUUCAGGGAGCUGCCCCCUGACUCCUACUACUGGCAGCUGCCACCCCCCUACCAGGGAGACAAGGUGGGUUCCUAUGGUGGCCGGCUCCGCUACACCCUGACCUACACCCCGGGGGGACAGGGAGCCGCCCUGCCCGACGCCGACAUCCAGAUCACGGGCAAUGACAUCACACUGGUGGCCUACCAGCCCAGCCUGCCCCCGCGGACCCCCCAGGCCUUCGAGAUCAUUUUUCGGGAGCAAUACUGGCAGCGGCCGGACGGGCAGCCAGCGACACGGGAGCACCUGCUGAUGGCACUGGCUGACCUGGAUGAGAUCCUCAUCCGAGCCACCUACUCCACGAGCACAGCCGUGGCCACCAUCGCCGACGUGGCCAUGGACACGGCUGUGCCCCCCCAGCCCGGCUUGCCCCCAGCCCCCGAGGUGGAGGAAUGUCGUUGUCCCCCCGGAUACCACGGGCUGUCCUGCCAGGACUGUGCCCCUGGGUACACUCGCACCGGUGGGGGUCUGUACCUGGGGCAUUGUGAGCUGUGCGAGUGCAACGGCCACUCCGAGAGCUGCCACCCCGAGAGCGGCGCCUGCUCCGGAUGCCUGCACAACACGGCAGGGGACUUCUGUGACCAGUGCGCCCCCGGCUUCUACGGGGACGCCAGUGCUGGGACCCCCGAGGACUGCCAGCCCUGCGCCUGUCCCCUCCCAUACCCUGAAAACCAGUUUUCCAGGACCUGUGAGAGUCUGGGAGGCAGCGGGUACCGCUGCACCGCCUGUGAGCCGGGCUACACUGGGCAGUACUGCGAGCGCUGUGCCCCGGGUUACACGGGUGACCCCACGGUGCGGGGACAGCUCUGUGUCCCCGCGGGGCCCCGUCCUGCGCUGGCCGUGCGUGUGCACCCCCCGCGCAGCUCGGUGCCGCAGGGCAGCGCGCUCACCCUGCGCUGCCACGCCACCGGGGACCCCCCGCUCUACUACCACUGGGUGCGAGAGGACGGGCAGCCCCUCCCCGCGGGCGCCCAGAGCCGCCGACAAGGUGAGGAGCUGCACUUCCCCAGCAUCCAGCCCUCUGAAGCCGGUGUCUACGUCUGCUCCUGCCGCAACCUUCGGCACAGCAAUGCCAGCCGCGCCGAGGUCAUCGUCACCGAAACCCCCGACAAGCCCAUCACCGUCACCGUGGAGGAGAAGCGGGUGCAGCGGGUGCAGCCUGGGGCCGAUGUCACCUUUGUCUGCACUGCCAAGAGCAAGUCUCCCGCCUACACCCUGGUGUGGACACGGCAGAACCACGGGACGCUGCCGGCAGGUGCCGUGGAUUUCAACGGGAUCCUGACACUGCGCGGGGUGCGGCCCCAGGACGCCGGAGUUUACAUCUGCACCGGCUCCAACAUGCUGGACAUGGACCAGGGCACCGCCACGCUCUACGUCCAGGCUGCCUCGAAGACUCAGAUGUUCUAUGGACCCGUUGAGUUCAUGGAGGGGCACAGACCGGCCGGCUCCGCCAGCGCCCCCACCGCCACCGUGGAGCCGGCACAGCUGAGCGUGGCACCGGGGCAGCCAGCCGAGUUCCGCUGCCUUGGCACCGGCAGCCCCCAGCCCACCCUUGAGUGGCUCGGUGCGCUGCCACCGCAGGCUGUGGUUCAGGGGGGGACGCUGCGUUUCGGCGCUGUCGAGCCUGCCAACACGGGGCACUACGAGUGCCAGGCGAGGAGCAGCGCUGGGCAGCACACGGCACGUGCCUUCCUCCAUGUGCAAGACGCGGGCACCCCCCAGGUGCAGGUGAGCCCGGAGCGGACAGAGGUGCAGGAGGGCUCCACGGUGCGGCUCUACUGCCGAGUCUCGGGGUCCCCCACUGCCACCAUCACCUGGGAGAAGCAGGGGGGUGCUCUGCCGCCACAGUCCCGCACCGAGCACGGUGACAUCGCCACGCUCGUCAUCCCUGCUGUGACGGCAGCUGAUGCCGGCAUCUACAUCUGCAUGGGCACCAGCGCCGCUGGCACAGCCCGUGCCACCAUCGAGGUGGCUGUGGUGCCAGGGGUGACGCUGCCUGUCCGCAUUGAGUCCUCGUCCCCAUCCGUCAUCGAGGGACAGACCCUGGACCUGGACUGUGUGGUGGCAGGACCCAGCUCUGCCACCGUGACGUGGUACAAGCGUGGGGGCUCGCUGCCUGCUGGCCACCAGGUUUCAGGGUCCCGGCUUCACGUCCCCCACAUGACGGCAGCUGAUUCAGGGGAGUACGUGUGCCGGGCAAGCUUGGGGACCACUGUCCGGGAGGCAUCUGUCAUUGUCACCGUCAUGGCUGCAUCAGGCUCAUCCUAUGGACCACCAACUUCAGGUGUCCCUGUCCGGAUCGAGGCAUCCUCGUCCACCGUGGCCGAGGGACAGACCCUGGACCUCAACUGCAUCGUGGCCGGGCAGGGACAGGCCACUGUCACCUGGUACAAGCGCGGGGGGUCCCUCCCAGCCAAGCACCAGGUGUCUGGCACCCGCCUGCGCAUCCCCCAGGUGACAGCAGCCGAUUCAGGGGAGUACGUGUGCAGGGUGACAUCAGGCGGUGUCACACAUGAGACCUCCCUCAUCAUCACCAUCCAGACUGGCGCUGGCUCCUCUUACGCUGUCGGUGUCACACCACCAGUGAGGAUCGAGACCUCCUCCGCUGCUAUUAGCGAGGGACAGACGCUGGAACUCAACUGCAUGGUGGCAGGACAGGGUCACCCUCAUGUCACCUGGUACCGGCGCAAUGGGGCUCUGCCACCAAACAGCCAGGUGUCAGGGACCCGCCUGCGCCUUGCCAAAGUGGCAGUGGCCGAUUCAGGGGAGUAUGUGUGCCGGGUGACCCUGGGGACCGUCACCCAGGAGGCAUCUGUCAUUGUCACCGUGCCCAGCAGUGCUGACACCUAUUACACCUCUGGCAUUUCCCAGCCCCUCCGCAUCGAGUCCUUGUCCUCGGCCAUCGCCGAGGGACAGACCCUGGACCUCAACUGCGUGGUGGCAGGGUCUGGCCCCACCACCGUGACGUGGUACAAGCGUGGUGGCUCCCUGCCCGUUGGCCACCAGGUGUCGGGCACCCGCCUGCGCAUCCCCCAGGUGACAGCAGCCGAUUCAGGGGAGUACGUGUGCAGGGUGACAUCAGGUGGUGUCACACAGGAGACAUCCCUCGUUGUCACCAUUGAUGAUGGAGACAACCCAUCCCACCCCACCGGUGUCACGCCACCCAUCCGCAUUGAGUCCUCGGCGUCCUCUGUCACCGAGGGACAGACUCUGGACCUGGACUGCGUGGUGGCUGGCCAGGGACAGGCCACCAUCACCUGGUACAAGCGCGGUGGGGCCCUCCCAGCCAAGCACCAGAUUUCGGGGUCCCGGCUGCGGCUGUCACAGCUCUCGGUGGCUGACUCAGGAGAGUACGUGUGCCGGGCUGACACGAGCAGCGUGUCCCGCGAGGCCGCUGUGUCUGUCACUGUCACCUCCCGUGACAGCUCCAGCUACCGUCUGCAGAGCCCCAUCAUCUCCAUCGACCCACACAGCAUGGCAGUGGCACCAGGAGAAGAUGCCACCUUCAAGUGCCGCAUCCACGAUGGCGCCCGGCCUGUCAACAUCACCUGGCGCAUGGGGCCUGGCCAACACUUCCAAGACAAUGUGAAGAUCAGUGCCAAUGGCUCAGUCAUCUCCAUCACCAGUGCCCAUGUGGGCAACCAGGGCGCCUACCACUGCGUGGCCUCCAACCGCUUCGGCAUCGCCAGCAGCGUCGUCAACCUCGUGGUGCAAGGUGCCCCCGUGGUGUCAGUGAUGCCACCAGGCCCUGUGACAGUGAAGGAGGGCAAAUCCCUGAGCCUGGAGUGCCUGGGCCGGGGUGAGCCACGGCCACUGGUACGUUGGAGCCGGCUGGGCUCCCGGCAGAAGGUGGAGCACCAGACACUGCUGCACAUGGACAGCCAGGCCAUCCUGCAGCUCUCACCAGCCAAGCCGGAGCACGCCGGGACCUACGUGUGCACGGCGCACAGUGCCCUGGGCUCGGCGCAGGCACGGGUGGAUGUCAGAGUGGAGUCAGCGCAGCGGCACCCUGGGGCCCCCGAGGUCACCGCUCCAUCCACGGUCACCGUGGUGGCCGGGGACACGGCCACGCUGCACUGCAUGGCCAGAGGUGACCCAGUGCCCCGGAUCGAGUGGUCCAAGCUGCGGGCACCCCUGCCCUGGCAGCAUCGCGUGGUGAACGGCAGCCUGGUCAUCCCUCGUGCCGCGCAGCAGGACUCGGGCCAGUACAUCUGCAACGCCAGCAGCCCUGUCGGUUCCACCGAAGCCUUUGUCACCCUCGAUGUGGAGACACCUCCAUAUGCCACCAUCGUGCCGGAGGACACAGCGGUGCAGGCGGGUGACACGCUGCAGGUGCAGUGCCUGGCCCACGGCACCCCCCCGCUGCACUACACCUGGGACAAGGUGAACGGCAGCCUCUCCACACGUGUGGCCCACCGUGCUGGCCUCCUGCGCCUCGGCCCCGCGGCCCCUGCUGACACCGGCACCUACCGCUGCCUCGUCACCAACCGCAUCGGCACUGCCGAGGCCUUUGCCCGUGUGGCUGUUCAUGGUGAUGCUGGUGAAGGUGGGGACGUUGCUGGCGGUCCCUUGGUGGUGCGGGUGACACCGGAGAGCCUCGUCAAGGGGGUGGGUGGCACUGCCGAAUUCACCUGCUCUGUCUCCGGGGACCCCCGUGCCCAUGUGGAGUGGCUGAAGGAAGGUGGGGAGCUGCCCCCCACCCACAGCACGCGGGACGGGGUGCUCCGGAUGCCAGAGCUGGCCUCGGGGGCACAAGGCGUGUACGUGUGCCGGGCCACUGCCCCAGGAGGGCAGGCAGAGGACAGAGCCACCCUCACUGUCCAGGCUCUCCCCAGGGCCCUGAUCAACAUCCGGACCACGGUGCAGACGGUGCUGGCAGGGACAACAGUGGAGCUGGAGUGCCUGGGCUUGGGGGAACCCCGUCCCCAUGUCACCUGGAGCAAGGUGGGGGGUCGCAUCCGCCCCGGGGUGCUGGUCCGCGCUGGCACCCUCACCAUGGAGCAGGUGGAGCGGGCGGAUGCUGGGCAGUACCGCUGCACCGCCACCAACGCCGUGGGCACUGUCCAGUCCCACGUCAUCCUCCACGUGCAAGCUGCUCCUCAAAUCGCUGGGCAGCCAGAGGUGAAGGAGGUGUCCCUUGGAUCAGCAGCUGUUUUGCCGUGCUUGGCGUCUGGCUUCCCGGUGCCAGAGAUCACCUGGAGCAAGCUGGAGGGGGAGCUGCCGGCGGGUGCCAGGGUGCAGGGGAACGUGCUGACACUGCCAGCUGUGCGCCCCGAGGAUGCCGGCGUCUACACCUGCGUGGCCUCCAACCACCGUGGCCAGCAGACAGCUUACUAUGUGCUGAAGGUCCAAGAGCACGUGGUCCCCUAUUUUGGGCAGUCGCCCCGCUCCUUCCUCCCCCUGCCCACCAUCAAGGACGCCUACAAGAGGUUUGAGAUCCUCAUCACCUUCCGACCUGAUGCUGCUGAUGGGCUUCUCCUCUACAACGGGCAGCGGAAAAACAGCGGUGCCGACUUCAUCUCUUUUGGCUUGGUGGGUGGACGCCCCGAAUUUAGGUUUGAUGCUGGUUCGGGCAUGGCCACCAUCCGUCACCCCACAGCGCUGCGGCUGGGCGAGUACCACACGGUGCGGCUGCUCCGCAACCUCACCUGGGGCUCCCUGGGGCUGCAGGGGCACCCCACCGUGAACGGCACCUCCCAGGGGAGGUUCCAAGGGCUGGAUCUGAACGAGGAGCUGUACCUGGGCGGGUACCCCGACAUCAGCGCUGUGGCAAAGACGGGGCUCAGCCGGGGUUUCGUGGGCUGUGUGCGCCAGCUCCGCAUCCAAGGGGAAGAGGUGGCCUUUGGGGACAUGGACCUCCAGGCACACGGUGUCACCAAUUGUCCCACCUGCCAGGACCAGCCGUGCCAGAACGGCGGCGUGUGCCAGGACGAUGAGAGUGGCACCUACGUCUGCCGAUGUCCCCAUGGCUUCACCGGCAGCAACUGCGAGUACUCGCAGGCUUUGCACUGUCACCCAGAGGCGUGUGGGCCUGAUGCCACCUGCGUCAACCGGCCGGAUGGGCAGGGCUACACCUGCCGCUGCCACCUGGGCAAGACUGGGGAGAGGUGCACCAAGGGUGAAGUGGUGAACGUGCCCUCGUUCCAUGAGGAGGGAGCCUUUGUCUCGUACCCGCCCCUCACCAAUGUGCACCAUGAGCUGCGGCUGGAGGUUGAGUUCCUGCCCCUGGCACCCGACGGGCUCCUGCUCUUCAGCGCUGGCAAAGCCACCCCUGUGGAGGACUUUGUGGCCUUGGCCAUGAUUGGUGGUCACGUCGAGUUCCGCUACGAGCUGGGCUCAGGCCCGGCAGUGCUGCGGAGUGCGGAGCCGGUGGCCCUGGGCCAGUGGCACCGGGUGACAGCUGAACGGGUUCACAAGGAUGGGACACUGGUGGUGGACGAUGCUGCCCCGGUGAAACGCUCCUCGCCCGGCAAGAGCCAGGGGCUCAACCUGCGCAGCCCCCUGUACCUGGGGGGCACCGAGCCCCCCCUGCGCCCCCCCACCAACGCCUCCUUCCGUGGCUGCAUCGGAGAGGUGUCCAUCAGCGGCAAGCGGGUCGAGCUGCGGGAGCAGUUCCUGCGCAGCCGGGGAGUGCGGCCCUGCGGCCACCGCGCCCCGUGUCGGCCGGGGACCCGCGGCCUGCACUGUGAGGAGGAGGAGGAGGAGGAGGAGGCCGAAGGCUGUCACCCCUCCCGGCCCUGCCUGCACGGUGGCUCCUGUGUCCAUGGCUCCUGCCACUGCCCCCCUGGACACAGUGGGGCCCGCUGCCAGCACCGCUCAGCACUGGCAGAGCUGGAGCAGGACUGGCAAGAGGGCAGCGGUGGUGGCGAUGCCCCUGGGCAGUUCAGCGCCGUGUUCCAGGACGGAUCCUACCUGGCCCUUCCCGGGCACCUCUUCCCUCGUGGCCCCCCCGAGGCUCCCGAGACCAUCGAGCUGGAGCUGCGGACGCGCAGCGCGCAGGGGCUGCUGCUGUGGCACGGCGCGGAGCCCGGUGAGGGUGGCAAAGCCAAAGAUUUCCUUGGCCUCGGGUUGAAGGAUGGGCACCUGGUGUUCAGGUACCAGCUGGGCAGUGGCGAGGCCACCAUCGCCUCUGAAGAUCCCAUCAAUGACGGCGAGUGGCACCGGGUGACAGUGACAAGACAGGGCCGGCGUGGGCAGCUCCAGGUGGACGGAGAGGAGCCAGUGAGUGGGGAAUCACCCGGAUCCAACGUCAUGGCCAACACACAGGGCAACAUCUACGUGGGUACGUGGGGACAUGGGGACACCGGGGAGCAUGGCGUGGAUGGGCUGGGACACAAAUGGACAUGGGGUGGAUGUGGGAUGGAUGGGGUGAGGCAUGGGAUGGCACAGGGGAUGGACACGGGGUGGAUGUGGGAUGGACACAGGCGAGCUCCGCCCCCGUUCCGCACAGGCCACGCCCCCUCCCGGGGCUCGCACGCCCCCCGAGGCCGGCAGCGCUAA